GGGUGACUGAGGUGAUUCAACAUGCGGGGAUGGUUCUACAAUGACUUCAUACGCAGUCUAUACUCACUCCGUGCUCACUCCAUGCUUAAUUCCUUACUCAAGACUUGAAUAUAUAUAGAGCUUCGAAUUUAGCAGGUUGGUCGAAAUGUAUUCUCCAGCACUCUCAUAGCAUCAGAAGCCUCAAAAACACAAAAACAUCCUUUUGAUUUACUUGUCAUACAUUUUACUUUGUUCUUUCAAUUUAAGACACUACAAAUAGACGCUCUUAUCAUCACAAUGGCUCAAGUUUCCAACGGGUCCCAGUACGACUUCAUCGUCGUUGGCGGUGGCACGGCCGGAAAUACCAUCGCAGGUCGCCUGGCUGAGAACCCCAAUGUGCGAGUCCUGGUCGUUGAAGCCGGUAUUGCCAAACCGUACGAAGUUGAGGACAUUACCACCCCUUCCAAAGCCUUUGGGCUUCGUGGAAGUCAGUAUGACUGGGCUUAUAAGACGACGAUGAUCAAGCGCGAGGACUACGAGCGCGUCGAGAAGCCUAAUACCCGUGGAAAGGCCCUUGGAGGUAGCUCCUGUGCGAACUACUUUACUUGGAUUCCCGGAUCCAAGGCGACCUUCGAUGAUUGGGAGGAAUUCGGUGGCCACGAGUGGAAGUGGGAUGGCUGUGUGGACUAUCUCCGCAAGUGUGCCACCUACCAUGACGACGAGAAGCUCUAUCCCGCCGAGCUGAGCAAGAUCGGGACGGGAGGUCCUUUGCAGAUCUCUCACGCCGAGUUGGUCCCCGAGAUGCAGCCUUUCCGCGAUGCGCUCACCCAAGCGUGGGUCUCCAAGGGCCAGCUCCUCAGCGAAGAUAUCUACUCCGGUGAAAUGCAUGGUCUGACCCAUUGUGUUGACACCAUCUACAAGGGCCAGCGCCAGGGAAGUUAUCUCUAUGUCAAGGACAAGCCCAACGUCACCAUUCUCUCCGGAGUCCAGUCACGCAAACUGAUUAUCGACAAAUCUACCCGCAUUUGCUCUGGAGUGGUGACCGUCAACCCGGUCACCGGCGAAGAGAUCAGUGUGUAUGCCAAGCGAGAGGUGAUUGUUUCGCAGGGGGUGUUUGAAACCCCUAAGCUGUUGAUGCUUAGCGGUAUCGGCCCUGCGAAGGAGUUGGCCAAGCAUGGCAUUGAUGUCGUGCUGGACUCUCCCCAUGUUGGCCAGCAUCUGCUGGACCACCCCAUUGUUCCGUUUGUGCUGCAGAUCCAGGAUGGAUAUGGCUUGGACGACCAUCUACUCCGCGCGGGUCCGCUGAACGAAGCUGCCGUAUCUGCCUACCGCCGUGACAAGACCGGCCCCGUUGGCUCUGGAUUGCUCGAGCUCGUGGGCUUCCCUCGCAUUGACGAGAGACUGGAGAGAUAUCCCGCCUACCGCGAAGCCAAGGCUGCGAACGGCGGCCUUGACCCCUUCGGUCCCGCUGGCCAGCCUCACUUUGAGCUCGACUUUGUGGGCAUGUUCAGCUCGGCAUUCCAAUGGCACUACCCCGUCCCUUCCCAGGGCAACUACAUGACCGUGAUCGUUGAUUUGCUGCGACCUCUGUCGGAGGGCGAGGUUACUUUGAACAGCAACAACGCCCUGGUCCAACCAAACAUCAACCUGAACUUCUUCGGCAGCGACCUGGACAUCCUGGCCAUGCGCGAGGGAGUUCGCUGGACUUACGAUGUCCUGACCAACGGUGCCGGCUUUAAGGACAUUGUUGUGGCUGAGUAUCCUUGGACCAUGCCUCUCAACUCGGACGAGGCCAUGAACAAGGCCGUCUUGGAACGCAGCCAGACCGGAUUCCACCCCUGCGGUACGGCCCGUCUCUCCAAGAGCAUCAACCAGGGCGUUGUGGACUCCAAGCUCCGCGUCCAUGGAAUUCAAAACCUGCGCAUUGCAGAUGCUUCGGUUAUCCCUGUUAUCCCCGACUGCCGUAUUCAGAACUCUGUUUAUAUGAUUGGCGAGAAGGGAGCCGAUAUUAUCAAGUCUCAACACAAGGAUCUCUACGAGGCACAGAACAUUCCCUACUUUGUUCCCAGCAAGCUGUGAUAGAAAUUUGCUUUCAUUUUUAUUGGCAUCUUUUGGAUUUUUUUUUUUGGUGAUAUGAACCAACCAUCAGCGCGAUCCCAAUGGACCCUCGCAUCAUGUCAAUUGAAUCCCGAAGCGGGAACGCCGGUUGGCGCUUGAGAAUGUUAUUUAGAAGCAGCAGCGCGUUUGAACUUUGUACUAUAUAUACUGCCUGAGAUAAUGAACUGUUUUUGAAAUG